AUGAAGAUCGCGACUUUUACUCUUUCAAGCCUUUGCAUUGCCAUUCUUGCCUCGGCGACGCCAGCUCUGGCAAGGCUUUCGGAUGGCAGUGCGGUGCAACCCCCAUUUCCAGACAAUCGAGGUUCCAUCAUGAUGAAGGACUGCCCAGGACUCCCCCACGGAGAUGAUGUGAACUACAUUUUGCCUCCAGAACACCAAUGCCUCACCACGGAAGGAACGGCGGGAGUGUGGGGGUGUCGACCCGAGCCUAUGAUGCACAGUACCUGCUUAAUUUCAUAUCAGGGCACCGUCGUUGGUAAACAGGGAGAUACUUGUGGAUGCUGUGGUGGGGUUUGCCCAUCAUUGUGCCUUUGCCCGUGUGAAGGUGGAGGUGUCCUGGUCCACGAAACAAUAUUUUGGGGAUUGAAGCGAAAGAAGUGCCUACAGCCAGGUUUGGCAGAGGCCAUGGUCUUGCAGGAUGAUUCCAUGACGUGCUUUACAGGUUGUCAACGGGCAAGUGGUCUAGACAACCUGGUCUAG